AUGGGAGGUGAGGGGGAAGAACAAGAGCCGCCACCCUCUUACCCCGCUACGAUAGCCAGGGACCCGUUACCGCUCCUAGCGCCAUACGUUGCGAAACGAGACUUGUAUAGUGCGAGUCUCGUGUGUAGGUCCUGGCACAGGGAGUUCUCAGAGUACCUCUGGCGGAGGCCG